AUGUCGGAUUCUUCCACAUACUCAGGUGUUGAAGCAAGGGAGUCUUUGACAGUUUCAUCGCGGUUUUGGAGCUCCCGGAAGCGUUUCAGAGAAGUCGCUGACACUGAUUCAGAUAUCGCUAGAGAGGCGACUUCAAAGAUAACGCGGCGUAAAGGCAGAGGUCGGCCAUCCACUAAGGGCGAGAAUGUGGAUCCGGUUCCUGCUAAUAAAUCUGCCAAGUUGAAAGAAACUAGAGCUGAGAAAAAGGCUCGCGAGGAAGAAGAGCUUUUGGCCUUGGAAAUUAAAGCUCGAGAAACACAAUGUACUCUAUCUUCUGUCUUGGUGUCGGAACAGGGCGAGGAUAUGUCAUUGGAUUUAGUAAAGAGGAUUGAGGCUAGCCUGGGAGUUGUUGAAAAGGUCGCCACAAAAUCGUCCAAUAUCAAAGGACAAUGGGUCCAUAUGGCUAAAAAUGCCAUUGCGGACAUGCGGAAGGAUAUUGGGGUGCUUGCUAAACGUUCAGUUUCUGAGGAAACUCGAUCUCUGCGUGAAGACAACGAGCGCCUCAAAAAGCAAAUUGAGAUACUCCAGCAGGAUAUGACGGAUCUUCGGAAACAUGUUGGAGUUAAUUCAAAGGAGCCACCGCUCACUCCUUCUCUCCUCGAGGAGUUUGAGGCAAAUCUGAUGCGCCGUAUCGGGGAUAGAUUAAAUGCACGGUUUGAGAGUCUAGAGCCUAGGCUUAAUCCUGCACCUGUAUUAAGACCUUCUCUAGCCGCGGACCGACGCAAGGUCGUUGGGCCCCCUAGAUUUGAGUCAGGUCAAUCCCAGGAUAAUAGACAGGUGAAUAGUAGAAGCUUGGUGCAAGCAGCAUCUACUGCUUUGCCCCAAGGACCAUCCUCUAUUUCAAAAAAGAAGAAAAAUAAAAGAAUUGCAGGAGAGGAAAUAUUGGCCAUUGAAAAGGUAUCUGCUAUUACUCAGCCCUCGCCUCUGCAAUCGGCUUCCAACCUUUCUAAGGAACAUUGGUUGAUUGUUGGGAAAAGAAAGAAAAGGAAAAGGAAGAAAAGGGAAAGGUCAGGUGCUGUGUUGGCUCAACCAACUGUAACAGGUUUUCAGGCACCAGUUAAAAAGCCAAGACUGCGUACUCCCCGAACAGCUGCUGUUGUUGUAACUGUCCCGGCGGAAAUUCAGAAAAAAGGCGUAACAUAUGCGGAGGCUAUUAAAGAAGCGAAAGGCCAGAUUAGGCUAGAAGAGUUGGGAAUUGAAGCAGUUAGGUUUAGACGUGCCGCAACUGGUGCUGCCAUUAUACAAGUCACUGGUGAAGGUGGAGGAGAUAAAGCAGAUGUUUUGGCUAAAAAAUUAAGGGAGUUGUAUGGUACGAAGGGCAUCCUUGUAUCGAGGCCUGUUAAAUCUGUUGAGGUAAGAGUAUCAGGCUUAGACGAUUCUGUUACUGCUGACGAAGUAAAAUUCGCUGUGUGUAAAAAAGGGGAGUGCUCAUCCGAUCAUGUUAGAGUUGGCGAAGUUCGUCAGGAUAAGUCAGGUCUCUUUGCGGUGUGGGUGAAAUGCCCGGUGGAAGCUGCAAAGAAAUUGUCUGAAGGUCGUCUGCUUGUAGGCUGGACUUCAGCUAGGGUGACGGUGCUGCAACAACGAGAACUUAGGUGCUUCCGCUGUUUGCAAGCUGGUCAUGUUGCAGCUCGUUGUACGGCGGAAAUAGACCGUACAACUAAUCUGCAAAAUGAAGAAGCAUCAUAUUUAGUUACCGCCCUGAAGAAAUAA